GUUUACCUCCGCGUCUUCUUCUGCGCUUUUGUCUCGGCGUCCUGUGACGUCACCGCUCACCUGUGGGUGGGAGUCGGAUCUGGGAUUAGCUGUAGCCGCAGGUAAUAAGCAGCCAGUCAUUAAGAGAUCGGAUGCGACACGGAUGAGUCGAGGCUUUUGUUUUUUGUAUUUUUUUUUUUAAGUUUAUGGAGAAGCGACGCGUUGGACAUUUGCAGGGUUCGACGUCGGGUGGAAAUAAGUAAUUAGUUCUUCAGCUGCGUGCGCCCGAAUCCUCCUUUGUGGCGCUAACAGACGAAAGUUUGCGCUCCUGAGACUUCCGCGGUUUCCUGGCUGAUCAAGUUAUCCCGGAUAAAACAACCAAAACUGGUUUCUCUUAUGCGGUUGCGGGCACUUUGAGCCAUGCCUGGCCACAGCACAGGGGCCCAGCAGACCCGCCACCACAAACAUCACAGCUCCAGCUCCAGAGCAGACAAGUACAGACAGGCUCGGACCAUGUCCAGAGAGAGCGCAGGUGACCGCGACUGCUGCAGGGAUCCUCAUGGGGAGCAUGCUCAGAAUCACCAUGCUGACCACUCUCGCUAUCCUGACCGGUACAGUCGCAGAAGUCAGCCACGAAAUGGCACCGGGCGGCGGUCAGAGACGAUAGGGUUCAUUCCUGGGUCUGCGGACAAUGCGCCCAUGAGCGGACGUGCCUGCGGCUCGUGUGCCUCGAUGGGCUGGAGUGGAUGUAAGGCCCUAAUCUGCUGCGUGCUGACCUGUGGGUUUUAUGGCAGCAAGGAGCCGUGUCUGCCUUUAAACGAGAGCUCCACAGACCACUCUCCUAAAACAGGUGCUGAGCCCCACCCUCCUAAUGGCAUGGCAGGGACUACCCCUGCCUUCAUCACCCCUUUAGAGACCAGCAAAUCCACCAAAGCCUCUAAGCUGCCCAUGAAUGACAGCUUCCGCUAUCCGGAUGUGCGCAUCGCAGGUAAGACGGUAAAGUAUCCGAUCUCUGCCCCCAAACGGCCCCGUGUGCCUGGUAAGGGGGACAACCAACGGCCGGACAGCAACGCUAGCCUGUACUCCCGGGAGGACUUUGAUUUAGAUGAUCUGAGUGACACAGGCACAGAUAUUGACUCUCUUAUCACCAAAAAGCUGCUGGAGCUCUACGCCUGGCAUCAGAUUGACCAGCUGGCCAAGUGCACCUCUGACUCCUCGUUCUCCCGCAAGACCAAUGAGAUCAGUGAGCUCAUCUACAGCAUCGCUCAGGACUAUAACCUGGAGGAGCAGGAGGCAGAGUGCAAGCUGGUGCAUGGGGUCAUCCGCAUCAGUACACGAAAGGGUAAGAGGAACAAGUCCUCAGGACAGCGCCCUAAUGGUAGGAGUGACGGGACACUCCCUCCGGACAGCGGGAACGACACCAUGAACUAUAUGAGUAGUGACGUGCCAGAGGUCAAAGUGUCGGAGCAGACACCAUCAGAUGAGCUGGCGAGGAAAAUGAGACUCUACAGUACGAGAAAGUACUCCUCCAGUAUGGCCACAGCCUACUCGCCCUAUCAUCAUGACACUGAAACGGACUCUUCAGGUGCUCCUCUGCUUCUCUGAUGGACAGCAGGUUUAAAAAAAAAAGAAAGAAAAGAGUUAUUGACUAGAUUUGUAGCCAGCUAGAUGGACAAAUUUACAGUACCUUCUGUUACCUUUUUUUGCUGUUACUGAGCGGACCACCUUUCAGUUGGGCCUUGGUAGGCCUCUUUUUCCGUGGUCCUGCUAUUAUCGAGUGUUAUUUUAAUUCGGAUGCUUAUUUUUACAGCAUGUAGCCCACAAACAUUUGUUUCGUCUUGACAAAAGGUAAUCAACAAUGCAAGUCUUAAGUAUUUGUGUGCUGCGUGUGAAGUUGUGUUGGGACAUGAAAUACACUCCAUCGGUUGGCACACAAGAUGACACAACAUAACCGUCCUCAUUCCUGUCUGUGGAAGAUGUGUGUGUUUGUGUGUGUGGUUUUGGUUUUCUUCUUUUUUGGGAGGUGGGGGUGUGUUCCUCCCUCCUGCCAUAUAUGUUUGUGCUUCUUUUGCCAUGAAGCGUGAAGCUCCAGCUGUUAAGCCAUAUUUUUAUGCACAUAUUUUUCAGUCUAUUUUCUGAAUUGCUAAACCAUCUGUGAUAUUUAGUCACAGGUUUUUUUUAUUAUUAUUAUUGUUGUUGUUAUUAAAUGGUAUGACCUGUUUUUGAC